AUGGAAAAGAAAAGUUAUUUGCCGGCUAUUUGGUCGGAUGAUUUACAAAUGGCCGGUUUAAUGGCAAUGAAUAAAGCACGUGCAAUAAAUCCAUAUGAUUUUGAUCGGAAAAUUAAAUUUUGGACUGAAGUAAUUGGUAAAUCAUGUGAGGAAGAAAAAGAUUGUACAAUAAGUCUUGAAAGGUUGAAGAAAAGAUUCCGACGAGGUGAUCAAAUCCCCGGUUGCUUAGAAGAUACUAUCAGCAGUAUGAUUAAAGAUGGUGAAUUAAUGAGAUUAGAGGAUUUCAAAGGUCGUGAUCAGAGUUGGGUACAAUGGGGUUAUUCGCGAAUUAUUGGAACUUUUUGGGGUGGUGAAAGCCGACAAACGGUGGAAUAUGUUCAUUUACCAACCAUUCGUAAACAAGCGAAAAAUAUCAUAGAAUUCUAUCAUUCAGACUUUAUUGGUGAAGAAGAUGAUAUGUCGAAUGAAAUUGUUGGUUUAAAUGAAUUUCGCGCUAGAUGUUCACAUCUAGUAGCUGACGAUCGUGUUUUCCAGUUAAUUAUUAUGGAAUUAGUGCAUCAAGGAGAGUUAACUAUUGGUUUAUCAAAAGUGGGCGAAAAAGUUUUAAAAUUUCGCAACGGUAGUAUACGUGGUCCUAUCCAGUGGACUGAAUCAGAUGCUGGACUUCAUGAUAUGCGACGGGCAAUGAGCAAAUUAGAGCGAGAAAUUAAGCGAUUGGAAGAAAAAGCUAAAAUCGCUGAAGAGAAUGCUCGACUGUGCAUUCGUAAAGGUGAACGAAAUAAAGCUGCGCAUCACCUUCGUCAGAAGAAACGCGCACUUAGCGAAAUGAAUGCGAAAGAUGUACAAUAUCAAAAACUGCUUGAUAUGUUGUAUCAACUUGGGCAAACGAGGCAGAACAAACAAAUUAUUGAUGCAUAUAAAGCAGGAGCAGAUGCAUUCAAAGCAACUCUGCAUAGGCAGGGAAUUGAUCCUAACAAGAUUGAUGAAACGAUGGAUAGUAUUCAUGAUGCGAUGGUGACUGCAGAAGAAAUUCACGAAGCUAUUUCUAGUGGGGUACCAUCCAACAGUAAUUUAGAUAAAGAACUCGAAGCAGAAUUGAAUUCUAUCCUUGCUGAUAGUGGAAGCAGUAACUCUUUGUUGAAUGGUUUACCUGAAGUGCCAAGUGAUGAACCUGAAAUAUUUGAGAAUGAAUUUGUGAGUGAAACUUUAGCUCGACGCUUAAGGAAAUUGCGCGAAACUAGUUAA